AUGUCCGGAGUCACAGAUAGCCGCAGAUCGGUGCUGAUCACAGGAUGUUCCCCUGGCGGCAUCGGGAACUCUUUUGCGCGUGAAUUUCAUCGCAAUGGACUGCGUGUCCUAGCCACAGCUCGUGAUGCUAGCUCCAUUUCUGAUCUAGCCGAGCUCGGCAUCGAAACCCUGAGCUUGACGGUUGAUGACUCGGAGAGUGUUAAGGCAUGCUUUGCAGAUGUCGAGAAGAGACUCGGCGACAAGGGCCUUGACUAUCUGGUAAACAAUGCCUUCGACGUUGAGGAUAUACUAAUUGCCGUAGACUAUACCGUGCCGGCUAUGGAAGUAGAGCUUCCUGAGGUUCGCUCGGUAUUCGAGACCAACCUCUUCGCUGUCAUCACCAUGUGCCAGACCUUCCUGCCGUUACUAAUCAAGGCAAAGGGCACUAUUGUCCAAGUUGGCUCUAUCGCCGGAAUCAUGCCAUACGUAUUUGGAUCCAUCUACAAUGCAUCCAAAGCAGCACUGCAUUCGUUCAGUGACACGCUUCGCGUGGAGCUGGCUCCAUUCGGGUUCGUACAUGCAGUCCCGAGCCCCCAUGAGUCCUUUCUAAUCGAGGCGAAUAGCGUUCAUGUUACAACUGUGGUGACCGGUGGUGUUCAGUCUCGAAUUGCACGCAUUGACCGUACACUAAAGCCGAACUCCAUCUAUACCCCGAUUGAAGCCGAGUAUGAGCAACGGGUGAAGCAUAGCCAGAAAAAUGCCAUGCCGCAUGCUGCCUAUGCGCGCAGCGUGGUGACCCAAGUGCUCUAUGGAUCUGCUCCCUGGCGCUGGUUGCCCUGGGCUCAAGGCCGGAAGACCUGGAUUUGGGAGGGACAUGCCAGCUGGGUCAUUUGGCUCCUUUCGGGAGGCUGGGCAUGGACGGGACUAUUUGGUCGGGCUAUGACUAAAAUGUUCAAACUGUGGAAGAUCAACAAGGGCACACCCAAGUGA